UUAAUAUUUUAUGUUGAUUUCCUGUCCCUGAAUUUCUCGUAAUUAGUUGAUAAUACAUUUAUAAUAGUUAUAAUGUAUUUUCCAACUACCAGAUCCACACAUAUCUAACAACUCUAUCCUUUAUGAAUCAUUUCCAUCACAUUAAAGACAUCCUCAAUAUCUACUGUGUUUUAAAGAUGAGAAGAAAAUAUUAUACUAAACGGUUGUAUAACAUUGUUUCUGAAAGUCUGUGGAAGAAUUCUUAUGAAACAUUAGCUCUGGAAUAAUAAUAAUAUUAGUCAAAUUUGUGAACCUCCCUGCCUAGAGUGUCAAGAGGAGGAGCCUGUGUGCUCAUUGAAGUUGGAUACAUUUAUGUAGAUGUUGCUAAAUAAAGUUAACACAAGACAGAAAAAUAGCAAUAAAUGUGUUUGCAAGGAAUACAGUAUGAGAGCAAAAGCAAGAAAAAUAUAUAAACUGAGAUUUAAGAGGAAAAGUAAUGGAAAAGAGUGAGAAAAUUGCAGAAUUGAUUUCCUCUGAAUGCAUAAGAAAUGAGAUCAUAUGGCUGUGAUAUCUGUACAACAUCCUUCUUUUAAAGAAAGUAACCUAAUUAUGCACAAACGUACUCAUACAGGAGAGAAACCAUAUCGUUGUGAUAUCUGUGGUAAAUCAUUCUCUCAAAGUAGUGACGUAUCGAGACACAAACGUAUUCAUACAGGAGAGAAACCAUAUCAUUGUGAUAUCUGUGGUAAAUCAUUCUCUGAAAAUACUGACUUAACAAAACACAAUAGUAUUCAUACAGGUGAAAAACCGUAUUGUAAUAUCUGUGGUAAAUCAUUCUCUAACAGUAGUCACUUAUCUAGACACAAACAUAUUCAUACAGGACAGAAACGAUAUCAUUGUGACAUCUGUGGUAAAUCAUUCAUUGAAAAUAGUUACUUAAAUAUACACAAACGUAUUCAUACAGGAGAGAAACCAUAUUAUUGUGAUAUCUGUGGUAAAUCAUUCAUUGAAAAUACUGCUUUAAAAAAACACAUUCGUAUUCAUACAGGAGAGAAGCCUUAUCAUUGUGAUAUCUGUGGUAAAUCAUUCUCUAACAGUAGUCAUUUAACUAGACACAAACUUAUUCAUACAGGAGAGAAACCAUAUUGUGAUAUUUGUGGUAAAUCAUUCCUUGACAAUAGUUACGUAAGUAUACAUAAACGUAUUCAUACUGCGGAAAAACCAUAUCAUUGUGAUAUCUGUGGUAAAUCAUUCUUGCGAAGUGGUCAGGUUAUUGUGCACAAACGUACUCAUACAGGAGAGAGACCAUAUCAUUGUGAUAUCUGUGGUAAGUCAUUCUCUCAAAGUAUUCAUUUAACUGGACACAAACGUAUUCAUACAGGAGAGAAACCAUAUCAUUGUGAUAUCUGUGGUAAAUCAUUCUCUGAAAAUACUGCCUUAACAAAACACAAUCGUAUUCAUACAGGAGAGAAGCCAUAUCAUUGUGAUAUCUGUAGUAAAUCAUUCUCGAACUGCAGUCAGUUAACUGAACACAAUCGUAUUCAUACAGGAGAGAAACCAUAUCAUUGUGAUAUCUGUGGUAAAUCAUUCUCUCAAAAUACCGCCUUAACGAAACACAAUCGUACCCAUACAGGAGAGAAACCAUAUCAGUGUGAUAUCUGUAGUAAAUCAUUCUCUAACAACAGUCAGUUAAUUGAACACAAUCGUAUUCAUACAGGAGAAAAACCAUAUCAGUGUGAUAUCUGUGGUAAAUCAUUCUCUCAGUGUGGUAGCCUAAAAUCCCAUAGAAGUAUUCAUAUGGGAGAGAAGCCACAUCACUGUGAUAUCUGUGGAAAAUCAUUCUCUAGAAGUAGUCACUUAUCUAGGCACAAACAGAUUCAUACAGGAGAGAAACCAUAUCAUUGUGAUGUCUGUGGUAAAUCAUUCUCUCAAAGUAGUCACUUAAAAAUACACAUUCGUAUUCAUACAGGAGAGAAACCAUAUCACUGUGAUAUCUGUGGUAAAUCAUUCUCUACCAUUAGUCAUUUAUCUAGACACAAACGUAUUCAUACAGGAGAGAAACCAUAUUGUGAUUGUGAUAUCUGUGGUAAAUCCUUCUCUCGAAAUAGUUUGUUAAUUAGACACAAACGUAUUCAUACAGGAGAGACACCAUAUCACUGUGAGGUCUGUGGUAAAUCAUUCUCCGACCAAAGUGGCUUGACUUCGCAUAAACGUAUUCAUACAAAGGAAAAACCUUAUCACUGUGAUGUCUGUGGUAAAUUAUUUUCUCAAAGUUGUAAUUUAACUGCACACAAACGUAUUCAUACGGGAGAGAGGCCAUAUCACUGUGAGGUCUGUGGUAAAUCAUUCUUCUACAGAAGUCAUUUAACUGCACACAAACGUAUUCAUACAGGAGACAAACCAUAUCACUGUGAUAUCUGUGGUAAAUCAUUCUCUCAAAAUAGUGUGUUAACUACACACAAACGUAUUCAUACAGGGGAGAAGCCAUAUCACUGUGGUAUGUGUAGUAAAUCAUUCUCUGACAGUAGUUUGUUAGCUAGACACAAACAUAUUCAUACAGGAGAAAGAUCAUAUCACUGUCAGAUUUGUGGUAAAUCAUUCUCUGACAGUAGUGUCUUGUCUUCACACAAAUGUCUUCAUACAAAGGACAAGCCAUAGUAUUGUUCAUUGUAGAAAAUCAUUUUCUGAAUGCAGGAAGGAAAACAUAUCAUUGUUAUAUCUGUGGUAAAUCAUUCUUUCAAAAUAGUACCUUAAUGAAACACAGAAGUAUUCAUAUAGGAGAGAAAAGAAAAGGAUAAUUUCAUGUUUACUAUAUACUUUUAAUAUUCCUGUGUAUUUUGCAAUGGAAAUUCUGACUAUAAUGUUUUCAAAAAUAUUCUUAAUUUUGUUUUUGCAAUUUUCAUCUGCCAUUUCUUUGACCACUCAUACACUUCAUUUCCAUGAUGUAAGGACCUCUAUACCAAAACUCCUCCUCCUGUCAACCCUUCACAUGAUUCUUUAUUGAAUUAUGCAUCCUCACAUUUUAUUCAUUGUUUAUCUUUUAAAUGCUUCACUCAAUAAAUGUUAUACAAUAAUAUCUGUUAUGACUUUUUCAUACACAGGAAUAUUGUAAAGUUGUUAAAUAUGUAUAUAAACAAUGACCCCAAGUACAAAACAGAAGAGACCACAAAGGCAUAAGUAUAGUUUAGUGCCCCACACCAGACUGAAUUCUUGUUAGUUUCUGAACAAUGGUUUCUUUAAAUCAAACGGUGCAGAGAUACAUUUUCAAGGGUCCAGAUAAGGAUUAUUUUUAUAAAAUUGAGAAAAUACGUUUUGGAGGAGAUUCUGUUCAUUCUCAACCACACCUUAUUUUUGUCAACCCUAACUUCAGAAUUAUUUCCAUAAAAUGAGCAGUAAACAUUUGAUUACGUAUGUAUCUGGUAACAUACAAGCCGGAUUGGCUACAUACUCACUAGAAAGUAGAAUAGGCAGAUACUUGUGAUUGCAAAGUAAUUCCCUGGUUAAAAAUGGACUUCACAACAUAGGUUAGCAGUUAGUGAUUUGAAACCUAGAGCUAGAAGGUCUGAAAUAUUUCAACCAAUCUGGAAGUCCUGGAAGCUUGUGUAUAGUUAUAACAUCCCUCGGUCUCAAGAGACCAUGGAUCUGCACCUGAAGAAAUUGUCUCAGUUGCUGACACACUAGAGUGGCAGUCACACAGCGAUUGCAUUUGAAGGUACUCUCUGCCAGCGCUACUGUUUUGUAUGCUUUUCUUUGAUGGCAAGAUCCUGUUUUUCUCCCUCUGUUUCAUCCCCUUUCAUAGUAUUUGUCUCCAAUGAGGGCGAUCAUUUGCAACCUCCUCCCAUCUCAGGACAUUCAGAUCCAUAUCUGUCUUGCAAACGUCCUUGAAACAAAAAUGAGAUCAUCCUCAUGCUCUUGUACUGGUGGCCAAUUCUCCAUACAAGACGUCAUGCACAGACGAUGCUACUGGAGCAGGCUGGAUAUAUUGGGUAUUUUGGAGCAGUAGAGGACUUUGAUGUUGGUGAUGUGGUUGGUUCUUUUGAUAUCCAAAGAUGAAUCUUAAAUUGCAAAGGUGGAAGAUGUUGAGAUACUGCUCCUGUCUGGAGUAGAGGCUCUAUGUCUCUCUGUUAUAAAGUAGUUACUAGGGACACGUGUUAGAGACAACAGUCUUGGUGUUUGUGGCCAGUUUCCUGUUUCUCUGGACUCUCUGAGAGCCUGGCAAAUGUGGAGGAUGCUUGUUCAAUUUGCUUGCUGAUCUCAGGGUCCAGAAAGAGGUCAUCAGAGAGUCAUGCUCUAGGAAUAUCUUGUUAAAAACUCAUGCAAUUUCGUCCAGAGUCUCCAUCUUGAUUUCCCUCCAUAUUGCCAACUGCUCCAGCUCUCGGUCGAUCUCUGAGACACGUGCGCUUCUGGUAGUGCAUCACAUCCACUGUCAAUGGUCCUCAAUUGUGUUUCACUGAGAUGCUACCCAAGUGGGGUCAAUGAAUUAAUACCUUUCACAAAUAUACCUCAGACUAUGUAGAUUCUGAGGACAUAGGAAUUUUUUUUGAGGGGGAAACAAUUGGGGGUUAUUUUUGAGAACUGUUCCCCACUCAGGGGUGUUUCAGAACAAGUCAUCCAUAUUUGUUUCAUUUUCUCCGUUUUGUGCGUGUGUGCAUCAGAAUAUUUUUCAA